AGAAUUAGAGCAAUCUACGUUGAGAAAAGAUUGUCCUGGGACAUGUCCCAUGGACAGUUAAUCUGACAGUGUUUCGUGUCUCUGAAGGGGUCGUGCGCAAAAGUGGGGAGCAAAAGUCAUUCGACACUCCAAGCAGAAAGCUUCUAUUUUCACAUUUUUCCCCGUGAUUGCGUGAAAAAGAGCCCCGUGAGGUGGAUAGUGGAAGUGCAUAAGGGUGUAGUUGAGUGCGAUAUACAAUGGAUACCAGCCCAAUUGUGAUCACAGACGACGAGGAGGUGAAUGUAGGAAGUGGAACAGCAAUGGACGACGAUCUCCUGCCCCAAGACUCAAUUUCACUGGCUGAGAAGAAAAAGGAUCUGGGGAAUGAACAGUACAAGAUCAAGAACUAUUCAGCUGCCCUCAAGCUCUACUCCGAUGCUAUCUCACUGUGCCCCAACCUGCCGGCCUUCUUUGGCAACCGAGCCGCCUGCCACAUGAUGCUGGGUGACUACAAACAGGCCCUCAGUGAUGCCAGGCAAGCCAUCGACCUGGAUCCAUCCUUUGAGAAGGGCUUCAUUCGCAUUGCCAAGUGCUGCCUCAUGCUGGGAGACCUCGUGGGAGUUGAGCAGGCGGUGAAGGCUCUGCUGAAUCUGGAGCCAAGGAGCAAUGUUCUCAAUGCUGAGAUUCAGAGUGUCCUUCAGUUGCGCGACCUGGAGGCCAAGAGUGUCAUUUCGUACGACAAAAAAGACUUCCGCACGACGGUCUUUCAGAUGGACAGUGCACUGAAGAUUGCACCGGCGUGUCAGAGGUAUAAAUUGCUCAAGGCUGAGUGUUUGGCGUUGUUGGGUCGCGUUGAGGAGGCCAAUGACAUUGCGGUGAAUGUCAUGAAGACAGAUUCAACGGCUGCCGAUGCGGUCUUUGUGCGGGGUCUGUGUCUGUACUACUUGGACAAUUUGGACAAGAGUGUUAUACAUUUUCAGCGAACACUGUCCCUGGAUCCGGAUCAUCAGAAGGCAAAGGUUUGGCGAGUGAAGACGCGACAGUUGAAAGAGAAGAAGGAUCAUGGCAAUGAACUUUUUAAAGCGGGAAAAUUCCGUGAAGCUCAUGUUGCAUAUUCAGAGGCCCUGCAAAUUGAUGAAGGUAACAAAGAGGUGAAUAGUAAAUUGUACUACAACAGAGCUCUGAUGUCGUACAAAUUGGAUUCGAAGAAGGAUUCAGUGAAAGAUUGCAAUUCAGCGUUGAAUAUCAAAAGUGACUAUCUCAAGGCGAUUCUCUUGCGUGCCAAAUGUCACAAUGAACUGGAGGAAUAUGAGGAAUGCGUGAGGGAUUAUGAGCAGGCGCUGAAAUUGGAGAAGACACAGGAGAUCAAGGGGAUGCUGCGUGAUGCCAAAUUGGCACUGAAGCGUUCCAAGAGGAAGGAUUACUACAAAAUAUUGGGCGUUGGGAAGAAUGCCACAGAUGAUGAGAUUAAAAAGGCCUACAGAAAAAGGGCACUGAUUCAUCAUCCGGACAGACAUGCAAAUUCCACGGAUGACGAGAAGAAGGAGCAAGAGAAGAAGUUCAAAGAAGUGGGUCAAGCAUAUUCGGUGCUGUCGGAUCCACAGAAGAAGGCACGAUAUGACAGUGGACAUGAUAUUGAUGAGACUGGAGCUGAUUUUGAUCCAACAGAAGCUUUUCAGAGAUUCUUCUUCUCCACCAAUGGCGGUUCAUUCAAUUUCCAUUUCCAGUAGAUUUUUCUUUCUGUCUCUCCUUAAAAAGAUAUUUCACUUUGAGGAAUAUAUUGAGAAAAAAACAAAUGCCUCUGUGAGCGUAAUGGCCUCUACACAUUUGGGAGCAAUUUUUGUCAAAAAUUGCAUUUUUGACGUUUCUGCCUACAGCGCUGCAUCCAAUUUCCUUCAAAAAAGCAAUUUUUGACGAAAAUUGCUCCCAAUUGUUAGACGCCUUAAAGGCCUCUACACAUUGGGAGCAAUUUCCGUCAAAAAAUGUGUUUUUGAAUGAAAUUGUCUGCACUGCUGUAGGUGAAAACGUCAAAAUUCUGUCAAAAACGCAAUUUUUGGCGAAAAUUGCUCCCAAUGGUAGACGCCUUAAAAAUCAAAAUUCCAAAUGACAAAAAAAUCCACCCAAAUUCCCCCCACAAAACUAUCUCGUCUAAUUUUUUCUUCCCUCUCAGCUGGCAGAACUUUGAAUUUGUUGCCUGUAGUGUAAGAAUAUAUUUCAUGGAAUAGAAAAUAAAGAUGGAUAAAUGGAAA